CAACGUUUUACACAGGUGUUCUUUGGUUUUGCUCCUCAAAACGCUCGUGCCACCCGGGACAGAACAUAGGCGCAGCGCCGUUGGUUGGUUGGUUGGUUCCUCAACACACCAAAAAUUACCUCAUUAUAGCCUCCAUGCAAAUUACUCAUGCAUACGCAUGCAUACUGAGAGGCAGUGAGCAAGGUGACGGAAGCGCCGUGCUCCCUACCAGGCUGCAGAAAUUAGGCGUCUUCUUCCUCUUCUAACCAACCACCACAGCAGAACACAGCCAGGGAACACCUGUACCAGUUGUACCAGCCUUUCUAGCCGCAUACGUGCAGCUCGCGCAUAGGUGUUCUGCGUCUAUCGCCGCCGCCCGCACUGGCGCGCACAAACGCAGAGACGGCGAUUUGUGCAUGGCAGGCGCUGUGCGGAGUGCAAGCUGUUUACUUUGAACACUUACGUGAACGUAGGUUGAAAUAAAACCUACGCGCUUACAGCCAUGUGGUCAUGUACAAUAGGCGUAUGCUGUUAGUGCAACUAUUUUGAGACUGUCGUGAACCUCGUGAUUCUCGAGCAGGACUCUUGACGCGCCGGGAAUAAUGGAGCCGACAACAAUACGAGAUUUGAAGCCAGGGAUGAAAAAUCUCAGUAUUAUAUUCAUCGUUCUGGAAAUAGGGCGGCCAAACAUGACCAAAGAAGGCCAUGAAGUUCGAACAUGCAGGGUGGCUGACCGAACAGGCUCAAUUAAUGUCUCUGUUUGGGAUGAACCGGGCACAUGUAUUCAGCAGGGGGACAUUUGCAAGCUCACCAAGGGAUAUGCUUCUCUUUGGAAAGGCUGUCUUACUUUGUAUACUGGUAAAGGGGGUGACAUUCAGAAGAUUGGCGAAUUUUGCCUUCCGUUCAAUGAAACUCCAUUUAUGAGUGAACCAAACCCAGAAUUCAUGCAGCAGUUGCAGGCCAAAUUGAAUGCCAACGUCGACCAGCGACGGUCACCGACUUCGCAGGUGGGUGGGGCCAGUGGCGACUCCCUAGGUGCUGCAGCACUGUCCACACCAGCCCCAGGCAAUGGCCACCCUGGUGGGCUAGGCUUUGCCCCGCGAGGAGGAGGCCGUCAAGGAAUGCCUUAUGGCUCCAUGCGCAUGCCUCUGCCCAGUCACAACAAUGGGUUUGGCAUCAAUGCAGGAGUGCCUAGUGCCAAGGCUCCAAGGCCCAACCGGAGGUAGCCAAUGUACUGUACCUCCCCAACCCUCUCUUUCUCUUUGAAACAACACUGGUCAGCCAUGGAGUGCCAUCAUGCGGUUGUCAGCAUUUGGUCACCAGGCAGAAACAUCAGGGUUGUUUGCAUUGGCUACACUGUGUGCACCUGAUUAUGUUCCGUGCCUACUUAUGGUAGCUGGCACCUAAAUUCCAUGGUUUGAGGAAAGCGCAAUAGCACACUUAAUUAUGUAAAACAGCAGCCAUUAUGUAUCUAAGUCUGUUCUGUAGUGUAUAGUAUAGAUGCACUUAGCUCCACCCAAUUCGAGUCAUAAUUAACACCGCCACGCUGGACGUGAGCCUACUUUUUUCAUCUGCACAUAAAGUGGUCAAAGUAGACAGCAAGGUUGUACAAUUUAUCAAGAGUAAUUGCCUCAGUUUUGAAAGGCAGAUAGUGCCACCAGUGCUGCAAGCAUGUGGCACUUGUCCUGGUGCCACUUGGCGGGGCCUAGUUUUUUCAUCUGCACAUGAAGUCGUCAAGGUAGACAGCAAGGUUGUACGAUUUAUCAAGAGUAAUUGCCUCAGUUUUGAAAGGCAGAUAAUGCCACCAGUGCAGCAGGUACGUGGCACUUGUCCUGGUGCCACUUGGCAGGGCCUUGACUAUCCAAAAGCUCUUGCAAUUAGUUCAGGAGUAAAAUGUUUUCGAUAUUAAGUAGUUGUACUCACUAACUUCAAAAAACAUGCAUUUAAUGAUGGCAUUUCUGCUUUAAUAGUUGGAAACAGAAAAAAAAAGGAAGCUUGUGCCUCAUGAUGUAGCAUCCCUAUUUCACUGCAGAACAUUCUGGAAGUAUUUUUCUCUGCACUGGUUGCAUAAUGUAGUGUUAGCUUGAUUAAAUGUAGGAUAAUUGUUUCUGUAUGUUGAAGCUGGUGUGGUGUGGGUAGGAGUGUGAGGAAUUUUUUUUAUUGCUGUUAAUGUUUUUGUAGUGAUUCUGUUCAUACUAGAAAGAGAUGUUGUCAGUGGAUUUAUAGAAAUCAGUUGCAGUAUGAGAGUGUCGAAAUGCAUGUAUGAGUUCCUUUGUAAAUUGCCGGCUAUAUUGUUCACUGGUUGUGGGGAGCAGUCAAAAACUGAUGCUUGUCUGUGUAUGUUCUUGGUUUUUUUUGUUUAAACAUCCAUGAGGAUAUUUUUGCCGAGGCUUAAGUGGGUUUGAAUUCAUGCAAAGUCAAUGUUCUACUGUUUUGUAGCACAGGUAUCCUACCCCACCCUUUCAAACCAUCGCCGCUUUUCUGAAUGCUUUGCAUUACUGUACGUAUUUCUUUGCUGCAAUUUCUUUUGCCAAUUACGGUCAGGCUCACGUCAAAAAUGCUCAUCAAAAGCCCUGCUGUUUUACGCUGAUAACAUGAAAUGAUGAUGAUGGUACCCAUUGCACUUUUAGUGCACUGCUUAGUUGAACUACAGAAUCUUCAAUCACUUAUUAGCAAAAAGUACUUUUUUUGUUUAUGUAGCAGCUUUACGUUUUACCUCUGAGCUAAAAACAUCUAUUCGUGCAUGAAAAAUAUUCCACGAAAUUACUUCAAUGUUAAAGUACACACCCUCUGCAUUAGUACUUUCUAUGGGUCAGGGAAUUGUGAAUCUCGGAACUGGAUCGAAUGCAAAUGAGAGUAUUAUUUGAGUCAUUGCUGCAAAAAUCAUUGUGUGUAAAUUGUUUGGUAUGAUACGAUUUGUAUGCUAAUUGGACUGGGAGCAUUGUACCGGGUGUUCAAAGUUAAGCUUUACGAUUUUUUUUUUAAAGUUAGGCGCUCGAAGGAAUCUGAGAAACACUUCCAUGAAUAAGUUGAGCGGCCAGGUGGACAGAAAAUUGGAUGAUAAUUAUUGCUGUCAGUAGCCCAAUCAACUAAAAUUUAAUUAUUAAUUUUUUACUGGCUGUGGUAAGUUGGCAUAUUUAUAUUGAAAAAAUGUAGGCAGUGGUGUUUCUACACAGUUUCAGGUGGAAGAUUUUUUUCUAGCACGCCUGUGCUCCGAGGUGUCCGGCUUUAAAGUUUAAUUGUAUUUCGCAUGACUACGCUUGCAAGAAAGUGAAGGUCAGUGCAAACCUCUGCCCUAAAGUGACGCAUCUGUUGUGUGCCCUGUUUAGUAUGUGAAGAGGGUGGAAGGGUAGGCAUACAUAACACUUUGCCUUGCCCUCUCGGCCGUCAAAAUAAAAAAAUUGGCCCCAUAUCUGCAUGUGAAUCUGCAAA